UCGACUAAAGAUCCUCUACUAAUGAGUAAUGAACCGCCGUUAGCUAUUAGAGCUAGUUUCCUAUUCCAUCGUCUUCAUGAACACGGCCAAUUUAUGACUCGCUGCGUUCUCCGAGUCAACUCGCUCAACUCGCACCGCUUCAUCUCAACCCUUCGCUGCUUUGAUCUCGCGGCCAGUAAACGCCGGAAUAUACUCUUUUCCUGCCCAAAUUACCCCCGCCCAGACGCCAAUAUUCAAAUCUCAACCACCCAGGACCGGAAAUUCACCUCACCUCCCGCCAUCACCGGUCGCCGGAAGGCCGAUCCUCUCUCCAUGGAUUCCGACAUUUCUCGAUCGGCGGAAUCCAGCUCCCUCGCCACGGUCGGGGAAGAGUUCGUCCACAUUGAUAAUUCUGACGUAACCCCUAGCCCUAGUCCCAUACCUAAUCAGGAUUGUUCAUAUAAUGGGAUUAGUGGAGUUGAUGAGCUUCGAAAUGAUUAUGGAUCUGCCUGUGGUGGAGAGGAAGAUUCUGGAGGUGUGGAAAUAGGGGGAGAAGAAGAGAAGAUUAUGCCGUCCGAAUUGAUGAGAAGUGUAGUGACUCUUUCGUGUGAGUCGACUGUGGAAGGUGGUUCUUGCGAUGUGUACUUGGUCGGGACAGCUCAUGUUUCCCAGGAAUCAUGCAGAGAAGUGAAAUCUGUAAUCAGUUUCUUGAAACCACAGGUUGUUUUUUUGGAGUUAUGCUCAAGUCGAGUGGCUAUUCUUACUCCUCAGAAUUUGAAGGUGCCGACCAUGGGGGAAAUGUUGGAUAUGCUGAAGAAAAAGCAUAAUAUAUUUGGGGUACUUUACAGCUGGUUUCUUGCCAAGGUUGCUAGUAAGCUUGAGGUUUUCCCUGGAUCUGAGUUUCGUGUGGCAUUUGAAGAGGCAAUGAAAUAUGGUAGCAAGGUGAUACUUGGGGAUCGCCCAGUACAGAUUACCUUAAGGAGGACAUGGGGGAAAAUGCCACUUUGGAAUAAGGCAAAAUUAUUAUACUCCUUGCUUUUCCAAGCAGUGUUUCUUCCGAGUCCCGAGGAUCUCAACAAAAUGCUAAAGGAAAUGGAUGAUGUUGACAUGCUGACUCUAGUUAUUCAAGAGAUGAGCAAGGAGUUCCCCACCCUAAUGGAAACCCUUGUACAUGAACGAGAUCAGUACAUGUCAUCCACAUUACUGAGAGUUGCUAGCGAGCAUAGUUCGGUUGUUGCAGUUGUUGGAAAGGGGCACCUGCAAGGAAUUAAGAAGCAUUGGAAGCAACCUGUUGAGGUAAAGGAUCUUAUGACAAUUCCUUCACAAAAAUCAAAUGUUUCUGCUGUGAAGAUCUUCGCAUCCCUUGGAGUCGCAGUUGCUGGUCUGGCCAUAGUUUCUGGCAUCUAUCUUGCAAGCAAGAAAUAGCUUCAGUACAGUAAACUUCUUCUAACGAGAGGCGGCUGUACUCUUAAACCCUCUCUUACCUCACAUGGGAAAGAUUUGGUAAGGAUCUGCAAUACUUUACCGCCCAGAAAUUAAAAUGGCGAUUCUUGGUGGUUGAGAUAUGAUGAUGAUGCACUCUUUUAGAAUAUCUGACAUUUGUUUUUUGACUGGGAAAAAAAAAAACAAUAAACAGAAACAUAACUUGAUGCCUUGGGAAGGAAGGGGAUCUUUGUUUUGCAUUUGUAUUUUAGAAUUAGAGCAGCAAAGGUGCUCCUUCUUGCAGCUGUUAUAAUUGCACUGGGUACUAAUACUGAAUGUGCCAUAUGUUAGCAAUAACUGUGAUCUGUGGAUUUGGUUUUAAACAUUGUUUUCUAAGCACUUGAUAUGCCA